CACCACAACAACAACAACAGAUCCAGCAACUGUUACGCAAACCAUGGCCCCUCGAAAAGCUCUCUUCGUCAUUGACAUCCAGAAAGAGCUGGCCGUCGAUCCCACCACCCGAGUCCCGCAUGCGGACCGAGUCAUCGCCUCCGCCGAGGGAACCCUCAACGCCGUCCGCUCGGUCAUCGAUUCCUCCCGUGAGAAGAACCAACCAUCCCCAUGGGCGAUCUACUUCAUUCAGCACGAGGAGACCUCUGCGAGUGGGACACUGCUGAGAGGCAGUGAGCCCUGGGAAUUGGUCUUGACCCCGCGGGUAGAUGUCGAGGAGGAACUCGUGGUCGCGAAGAAGACUGGCAACACGUUCGAGUCGAAUCCGACCCUCUCGACGCGCCUCCGCAAUGCCGACAUCAACGAGAUAGUGGCCGUGGGUCUGCAAAGUGAGAAGUGCGUCGAAGCGACCUGCAAGGGGGCGUUGGCGGCGGGGUUCCGCGUGACUCUCCUUGCUGGUGCGCACUCGACGUACGAAUCGGACGGGAAGACUGCGACAGAGCUCGAGCGCGAGGUGGAGCGGCGUCUGUCGACUCGUGGGGCUCGUGUCUUGCGGUGGGAAGAGGCGGCUUCGCAGUGGGUUCAGUAGCAGCGUAAAUAGAUUGUCUGUGAGCCUGGAUUAUUUUGGCAUCGUUUUCCAACAUUCUCUUCUAGUUGAAGUAUUAACCUAGCAUCUGCUCUAAUCAAAUGAAAGUGACACAAGUCAGGCGCAAGGGACAAUCGAGACUGAAGCUGCC